GCUCAGGCAUCCUAACAGGCUCUAAAGCUCUUCUCCAGACUAUCUGAAAAAGUGACAGUUAUGAGCCCCAGCCCUCUAUUUGUAGGGUCCCUAUGCAAAUAAGCGGAUUCCGUUUAGUCGGUUUUUACUGGACGCGAGAAACAAGAGACCUCAUUGCUACAUGGCGUCCCUUGCCAUUGGUCAGGGGUUGGAUUCGCCUCUCCAUUGGCUGCGGUGGCAGUGAACGUCUCAUCUUGUCACCAAUCGCUCAAUAGCUGUUUGAAAGGCGAAAAAUCGAUGGAUUAUGUUGUUUUCUUUGGCACCGGGGAGUCGGCGAUAGUCUGAAUUGUCAUGUCGGGCCGCGGCAAGCAGGGCGGGAAGGCGCGGGCCAAGGCCAAGUCUCGCUCCUCGCGGGCCGGGCUGCAAUUCCCGGUGGGCCGAGUGCAUAGUUUGCUCCGGAAGGGUAAUUAUGCCGAGCGGGUAGGGGCUGGAGCCCCGGUCUACCUGGCGGCCGUGCUGGAGUACCUGACGGCCGAGAUCCUGGAGCUGGCGGACAACGCGGCGCGGGACAACAAGAAGACGCGCAUCAUCCCCCGCCACCUGCAGCUGGCCAUCCGCAACGACGAGGAGCUCAACAAGCCGCUGGGCAAAGUGACGAUCGCGCAGGGUGGCGUCCUGCCCAACAUCCAGGCCGUGCUGCUACCCAAGAAGACCGAGAGCCACAAGGCCAAGUAAACCCAGCGCUGAAGGCAGAGUUGGUCACGGAAAAGUUACCCCAAAGGCUCUUUUCAGAGUCACUUAUACUUCAAAAAAAAGGGGGGGGGGGCGGGGGGCUCGAUUAUCGAGGGAGAUCAACUUGGGGAGGGGUGUUUUAAUAUUUAUUUAAUUUGCAUGUUCUCUUUUGACGCGUUUCGUGUUAGUAUGAAUAACUACACAUCAAAGCCUGUAAUUUCUCUCGUUUCACAUAAUACGGAAAUUAAAAGAGAGGAAAGUGGGUGUUUUUCCUUUCUGCUGUUAAGGAGACUAGGGCCACAGCACAUUCUAUAAGCUACCGAAUUGAUCUUGAGUCAGCUGUUCCAAGUCCCUGAACUUAAUUGCCUCCACAAUGAAACAUUAACAAGAAACUUUUGUUCCGUUUGUCUGCGGUGGAUUCUAUUCCUAAUACCAUGGCCGAGGCUGAUACCAGAUACUGAUUCAAUACCUGGUUUAGUAAUUUUUCUUUAUUAUUGGCCGGGUGACUUUUAUCAUGAGCAGUCUGUCCUUACACUGGAUACAGUGAAAAAAAAUCAUUUUUGUGUGAAGAUGUAUAUUUUGGAAUAUUCUAUAGGAAUUAAGUGACAGAUGUACUUAUAUUUAGGGAGAAACCCUGUUCCUUUAUAUUGAUAUAGAUCUUAAUUAUUUCAGUCAUUUUAAUUGAUGCGUUUCUAAGAAACCCUUGGACUAGGCUUUUCUAAAGUAUCAGAGUGAAAGUAUUUCAAUGACAGGCUACAGAAUGACAGGGUUUUUCUGUUGUUUUUUGUUUAGGUUUUUUUUAGCAUUGGUUAAAAAAAUCAAAGCACAGCCUAGGGGGGAGGGAUAGAAUGACUUAUACAAGGGCGAGUGUGUAUAGCAAGAAAUCAUGCAUGAAUCAAACAAAAGCAGAACAAAAAUCAGAAAUAGUGGCUUUCGUGUGGUUUUAGUUUAAGAUUACAGAGUAAACGUGUUCGAAUGGGUAA